CGGGGCUGCAGCGUGGCUCCGUGUGUGAAUGAAAGAGCCUCUCUCUCUCGCUCUCUCUCACUUUCUCUCUGCUUUCUGUCUGUAUAUAUGGCUUACGUCCGCCGCAGCAAACGACUGCUUCCAGAGCAAACACAAGCAAGACUUUCCAAGAGACUUCAAGCUGGAAGUACGUCCGUCGGGAUUAAGUGAAAGACGUGGAUCUUUUCCCAUCAGAGGACGUCCCCGAGGACACUGAUCAUAACAACCACGUGGACUGAACUACAAGUCGCCCCCCUGAGCAAAGGAACUGACUGGAUCGGGACCAAUUUCAUCCCGUUUUAUUUUAUUUGCACACAUCUCGGGGUCAGCUUGCCGUUUGAGUGUGAUGUGUGGGUUUUUAAUUUAACUAGAGCGAUCCUGAGCACUUUGUGGGUUUCUGGCCAAGUUGCGGGCAGGUGUGAUGCUGGGUCAGUGUGUUUGAUGCACACUUACACACACAACACACACACAUGCUCGCAUGAAAGUGGAGGGACCUGGACAUCAAAUGAAAGCUUCAAACAGACCAAAAGCGAACAGCACCUUUGACUCUGAGUCCUCUGUUGAUGCAUGUCACAAACAAGCUGCUUUUAUUUUCUGCAUUACUGGAUGAAGAACCAAAAAACCCUGAACUGAAAGACGGUACUUCAGCAUCAUGAGCCUGCAGAGCUUUAACUUGUUGCGGCCCCCCAUCUGCCCUCACCUGCUUCUCCCCGUCCUGCUGCUGCUCCUCCAGGCCUGGCGGGGGAGCUGCCACCCUCAGUGCUUGGAUUACAAGCCUCCAUUUGAGCCCAGGCAGCCACUGAUCUUCUGCAAGGAGUCUUCCAAGUUUGGCUGCUGUGAUCUGGAGAAAGAUGAAGAGAUAUCGCGCAGGUUUUACCGCAUCAUGGAGAACUUCGACCACUCCGGCUACAUUACUUGUGGCAAAUACAUACGGAGCAUCCUCUGCCAGGAGUGCUCUCCGUAUGCAGCUCACCUGUACGACGCUGAGGAUGCCAACACGCCCAUGAGGAUGCUGCCCGGCCUGUGUGGGGAUUACUGCUCCGACUACUGGCACAACUGCCGCUACACACUCAGCCUCCUCCUCGAGGAAAUAGGGAGCCCACAGCAGUUUGGAAACCAGACCAGCAUGAUGGAGGAAGAUCGCAGAGGCUUCUGCGACUUCCUCGAGCUGAAGGACAAACAGUACUGCUAUCCUAAUGUCUUGACCAACGCAGAACUGAACGAGAACCUGGGCUCGGUACGGGAGGACUCUCAGGGCUGUCUGGAGCUGUGCCUGCAGGAAGUGGCCAACGGGCUGCGUAACCCCGUGGCCAUGAUUCACGCAGACGACGGAACGCACCGGUUCUUUGUGGCGGAGCAGCUGGGUUACGUGUGGGUGUAUUUAGCCAACGGCUCCAGGAUCGACCGGCCCUUCCUGAACCUGACGGAGGCCGUCCUCACCUCGCCGUGGGCCGGCGACGAGCGGGGAUUCCUCUGCAUAGCUCUGCACCCGAGGUUCACCACAGUGAGGAAAGCCUAUGUGUACUACUCUGUGUCUGUGAGGAAGGAAGAAAGGAUUCGAAUCAGCGAGUUCACACUGUCAACACAUGACGACAACCAGCUGGAUCAUUCUUCUGAGAGGACCAUCCUGGAGGUGGUGGAGCCCGCAUCUAAUCAUAACGGAGGGCAGCUUCUCUUCGGUCACGACGGCUAUCUGUACAUCUUCAUCGGGGACGGCGGACGGGCCGGGGACCCGUUUGGAAAGUUUGGCAAUUCACAGAACAAGUCAACACUUCUUGGGAAAGUCCUGCGGAUCGAUGUGGACAACAAUGACGACGGCGCCCCGUACAGCAUUCCCUCAGAUAAUCCAUUUGUGUGGGAGAAGACGUCACUUCCUGAGAUUUAUGCUUAUGGAGUUCGCAACAUGUGGCGUUGCUCCAUCGACCGCGGUGACCCUGCGACGGGCCGAGGCAGAGGCAGGAUGCUCUGCGGCGACGUGGGCCAAAACAAAUACGAGGAGGUAGACCUCAUUGUAAAAGGUGGAAACUAUGGAUGGAGGGCUAAAGAAGGCUUCAGCUGCUACGACCGAAAACUCUGCCUCAACGCAUCGUUGGACGAUGUCUUGCCCAUCUUUGCCUACCCUCACAAGCUGGGCAAAUCGGUGACCGGAGGAUACAUCUAUCGAGGCUGCCAGAUGCCGAACCUCAAUGGCCUCUAUAUAUUUGGGGACUUCAUGAGUGGCCGUCUGAUGUCUCUGAAGGAGGACGAGACCACAGGCAAAUGGCAGUACAACGAGAUCUGCAUGGGGACUGACCAGACCUGCAGAUUCCCCAAACUGAUCAACAGCUACUAUAAAUACAUCAUUUCGUUUGCCGAGGAUGAAGCGGGUGAACUGUAUUUCUUAGCCACAGGAGUCCCGAGUGCCAAAUCCAGAGCCGGAGUCAUCUAUAAGAUAGUCGACCCUUCCAGGCGAGCUCCACCAGGAAAAUGCAGCAUUAAACCUUCGCCUGUUAAAAUAAAGGGGAAACUCAUACAUUUCUACCCGAAAGAAGAAUAUGUGAUCAACAAGAAACCGACCACCACGGCGGUGCCGACCACGACCACCACAAAACCCACAACGACAACGACGACAAGGAAACCACUACCGAGAAAACCCAUCGUAAUUAUAAAACCGCCGAUGCCGACGAGAAAAACAAGAAGAAAACCGCCACUGACGACGCCAGCAACCACGAGGAAAACAACCGCAAAGCCCACAUUACCAGCAACAACCGUUAGAGCCACAGUAAAAGCCACCACAGCGACAACACCCGCCCAGACGACCCCCGCCACGACCACUGGUUAUCGUGCAACCGUCUUGACUGCAGCCUCCUCUAGGAAUCAAACUCCGGUCAGCGCCACACCGUCAACAAGGAGACAAGGAAGGCCUCUGCAGUACCCGUUUAGCACCACCUCCCAGCCUCUAGCCUGGCCGAAAAGCCCCCCUCCACCCACCACGUCGCUGAGACGCUCCCAGACGGCGUCUGUCUACCCUGAAUUGUUGUCCACCACCUGGUCGCCGCAUCUGAAGCUCACCGCCUCGCCCUUCAGGCCUCAGAGGCCGGCGGUCAACACCACGCUGCCCAAAACGCAGGCGGAGAGACUGUGGCUCGGCGAGAAGCUGGAAAACGCACAAGAGGGAAACCAGGUGCAGAAGAGGCCGAGAGGAAGGGGGCGGGGCCACAAGAGGGGCAGAGGAGGGCGGCGGCUGCGGUCCGGCUCGGUGCGGCUCGUCAGCGCCGACGGCCUGCCGGACCGAGGCCGGGUGGAGAUCUUCAUCCGGGGGGAGUGGGGCACGGUGUGCGACGACCUGUUCGGCAGCAGGGCGGGCGGCGUGGUGUGCCGGCAGCUCGGCUUCACCAGGGCGCUGGCCGUGAUGAAGAGGGCGGCGCUGGGGGAGGCGGACGGCGGCGUCCGCAUCCUGCUGGACGACGUGCAGUGCACGGGCGGCGAGCGCACGCUGCUGGAGUGCAAACGCUCCCCGGUGGGGAAACACAACUGCUCCCACGGGGAGGAUGUCGGAGUGAUCUGUGGCUAACGGGAUCUUUAGGAAGCGAACAGAGGAUUCACAAGGCUGGAGAUUUCAGAUCAUUGUUUGGAGGAGUCAAUAUGAAGGCCUAAAUGUCACUCUGGCCCUUCAGGGGUUACAACUGCCAACAUGAUUCGGGGUUUGUUUUUUUCUCAGUUGUAUUUUACAAAACUUGUGUUUCAUUUUCUAACUGCCACUCACUGCCAAAUGUUCAACUGUCUGUCUUAAGUCUGAAAUCUCUUGGAAAAAAAUCUGUCCUCCUCAAUGAAAGAGGGUUGAAGACUGCUCAGCUCACAUGGAAAUAAAUGCAGAAACGUACAGUCAUUUUUUCCCCACUAUUCAUGGAAAUAUGCUCAAAUGAUCCACUUGUUUUUCACGUCUGUUUUAGAAACACGAACUGAUCUCUGUAUCUUAUCAAAUUUGCAAAGAUUUUACAUGAACUGAUCAAACAAUUGAACGAUUAAUUCUGUGCCGUGUUUAAUUUUGCUCCCUUUUUAGAUUAUUUAGCUGCUUUUUUUAAAUUCAAACAUGAAGUCUAAUUUACUGAAACUGGGUCAAAGUGGACUGAAGAGAUUCCAGGUGACGCUGUGUUUAACCUUCACUGUUCUGUGUGUCUGCUGACAGGAUGUGACAUAUUUACUUCUCAUAAACAUCAUUUCAAGACAGUUUAUAUCUAAAUUUCAGAAUACUAGAAAGCAGAGAAGCUGAGUUCUUUGGCAGUACGACUGUACUUCAAUAAAAGUCAAAAUAAACCAACCUGAAUAUAAUUACAGUCAUAAGAAGGUUAAUGGUAAAAGGAGAUCCUGUUCAUGAACUGUGACAUGAUUUUGUAUUGCAGUAUUUCCAUAAAAGGAUGCUUUUGACGCGGGUUUUAAAUCAUUUGCAUUUUGAUUUCUU